ACACCCCUGACUUUAACUCUAUAUGGUGCUCCUGAAAGAAUGAGUGAAUCCACUUGCUUAAAGUGUGUGAAACUUCUUGUCGAGGCUGGUGCUGAUGUCAAUUGUACAAACCCUGAGACUCCACUGGCGAUAGCAACUUUCAAAGGCUUAACUAGUUGUGUUGAGUACUUGUUGGAGGUUAGCAGAAAUGCUAAUCUUCCAGUAAACCAUGAUAAGUCAAGUGAGAAAGAUAGCAAGGCCCAGCUGAAAUCACAAGGUGCAAAAGCAGUUGAGGGGAAGAACUAUGCCACCGCAUUAAAAUUCUAUUCUGAGGCAAUCAAGCUGGAUCCUGCAGAUGCAAUGUUGUAUUCAAACAGGAGCCUGUGCAAUCUAAAGUGUGGAGAAGCACAUGACGCUUUGCUUGAUGCCAAUGCUUGCAUAAGUCUGCGUCCUGAGUGGAAUAAGGGUUACUAUCGGAAAGGAGCUUCCCUCAUGUUGGUCCUGGAUUACGAAGAGGCAUCUGAUGCAUUCUUGGCUGGAGUGAAACUGGAUCCUAAAAAUAAGGAGAUGAAGAAAGCGUUUUGGGAGGCAGUUGAGGCGAUGCGGAAGGAACAUUCUGAACGAAGUCUUUACACAGUUGAUUAGUUCGGGGAUGUCCAUGCUGGUUCCUGUAUUUUCCUUUAGAAUACUCGUGCCGUAUAUCUGGAAAAGAUAAAAUCACGUCCAUAGUACGUUUGGUGGAGACGGCGGCGAAUUCGUUUGGAUUUGGGAGCAAGCUUCGAUACCUCAGAUUGUUAGUACUGCCAUAGACGUAUGCUACUUUUCAUGUCCUCUCCGUGUGCUUAAACACAAUACUUCAGUAUU